AUGACUGCUCUCCGGAACCCAAAGGGAACAGCCAUUGCAUCGAGAAGGGAGAUGGAGAAAAUCAUCUACGACUUUUACUCUUAUCUCUUCGACAGUUAUGUCCACUUGCCUCCUCACCACCUGAAGGAAGAUGGACAAGUCAUUCCAGAGCUUCUCCCGUCCGAAAUACGACAUGCUAUCAUGUCGGUAAGAAAUCGUACGGCACCCAGUUCCGACAGAAUAAGACCAGAACACCUGAAGAGCCUUCCGCCAGUACUCACCAACACCCUGGCGAGGCUCUUUACACGUUAUCUGUCGGAAUGCAAGGUUCCUAAACAGUGGAAGACCAGCAAGACCGUGUUGUUGUAUAAAAAGGGAGAUCCACAUGAAAUUGGCAACUAUCGUCCAAUCUGCCUACUGUCCGUCAUCUAUAAGCUCUUUACAAAAGUGGUCCUUAAUAGGAUUGAAAAAGUCUUGGAUGAAAGACAGCUAUGCGAGCAAGCAGGGUUUCGAAAAGAAUUCAGCACGAUUGACCACAUUCACACUGUUUCGAAACUCAUCGAGGUAUCACGAGAGUACAAGAUGCCGCUCUGUCUCACCUUCUUCGACUUGAAAAAGGCCUUCGACUCAGUUGAGACGGAAGCGGUCGUGGAAGCUCUGGACAACCAAGGCGUCCCUACUCAGUACAUAAAGGUACUUCGAGAGUUGUACAGUAACUUCACGACCGGAAUUUCGCCAUUCUACAAGAACAUCAUCAUUGACGUGAAGAGGGGGGGGGGGGGUCCGACAGGGUGA